AUGAUCGCGCAGACUCCGGCGGCGGCCGACGUCCUCUCGAAGCGCGCGCCGGCUCGCGCCGAUCCAACCAAAACGCGCACAAAACACAUGAAUGACCGCGCGUCGGGUCCCGGUCUCCGCCUUGCAACUCGUUCCUACCUUCUCCUUCCAUCUCAUCCCUUUACCGCCUCUACUUCACCUGCGAUGCUCAGGAAGUUCUCGCAGAGCGCGGUGCGCGGCCAGCGCGGGCUGCAUUCCAGCGCCGCUGCACGUAUGGUGGUCAGCACGAACCCGGUCAAGGCGCAGGAGGUCCCGUCAUGGUCAAAUGGAAAGUACCCGUUGAUUGAGCACGAGUACGAUGCCGUUGUUGUCGGUGCCGGCGGUGCAGGAUUACGCGCUGCCUUCGGUCUGGCAGAGGCGGGAUUGAAGACGGCGUGUAUCACCAAGCUCUUCCCGACGCGAAGCCACACUGUCGCUGCUCAGGGCGGUAUCAAUGCUGCUCUCGGCAACAUGACGGAGGACGAUUGGCGCUGGCACAUGUACGAUACGGUCAAGGGCUCGGAUUGGCUCGGCGACCAGGAUGCCAUUCACUACAUGACACGCGAGGCUCCCCGUACUGUUAUCGAGCUCGAGCACUUCGGUGUCCCCUUCUCGCGUACGAAGGAGGGCAAGAUCUACCAGCGUGCAUUCGGUGGUCAAUCACUGAAGUUCGGAAAGGGUGGUCAGGCAUAUCGUUGCGCCGCCGCUGCCGACCGAACCGGUCACGCACUGCUGCACACGCUGUACGGUCAAUCUCUGCGCCACAACACCAACUUCUUCGUCGAGUACUUCGCGCUCGACCUAAUCAUGCAGGACGGCGAGUGUGUCGGUGUCAUCGCACUUAACAUGGAGGACGGCACACUGCACCGCUUCCGCUCACACAAGACUGUUCUCGCAACUGGCGGUUACGGACGCGCAUACUUCUCCUGCACCUCCGCACACACGUGUACCGGUGACGGUAACGCCAUGGUCGCCCGUGCUGGUCUUCCGCUCCAGGAUCUGGAGUUCGUGCAGUUCCACCCGACGGGUAUCUACGGUGCGGGAUGCUUGAUCACCGAGGGUUCACGUGGCGAGGGAGGAUACCUCCUCAACAGCGAGGGUGAGCGCUUCAUGGAGCGUUACGCACCAACGGCCAAGGAUCUUGCAUCUCGCGACGUCGUCUCGCGUUCGAUGACCGUCGAGAUUCGCGAGGGUCGCGGUGUUGGCCCGGAGAAGGACCACAUCUACCUCCAGCUCUCCCACCUUCCGCCUGAGAUCCUCCACGAGCGCCUGCCGGGUAUCUCCGAGACGGCCUCCAUCUUCUGCGGUGUCGAUGUCACCAAGGAGCCCAUCCCGGUUUUGCCGACUGUCCACUACAACAUGGGUGGUAUCCCGACGCGCUACACUGGCGAGGUCAUCACCGUCGACGAGCAGGGCAAGGACAAGGUCGUCCCUGGUCUCUACGCUGCCGGCGAGGCGGCAUGUGUGUCCGUACACGGUGCCAACCGUCUCGGCGCGAACUCCCUCCUCGACAUCGUCGUCUUCGGCCGUGCCUGCGCACACCACAUCUCCGAGACGCUCACCCCCGGCAAGCCGCACAAGGCGAUUCCGGAGGAGUCUGGUCUCGAGAGCGUGCAGUUCCUCGACCAGAUCCGUAACGCGUCUGGCAGCAAGCCCACCGCGGAUGUUCGUCUUUCGAUGCAGAAGGCGAUGCAGAGCGACGCUGCUGUGUUCAGGACGCAGGAGACGCUCGACGAGGGUGUUGAGAAGGUCAAGGAGAUCUACAAGACGUACGCGGAUGUCGGUAUCAAGGACCGCGGCAUGAUCUGGAACUCCGACCUCAUUGAGACUCUCGAGCUCCGCAACCUCCUCCAGAACGCUGUACAGACUAUCACCGCUGCCGCCGCCCGCCAGGAGUCCCGCGGCGCACACGCCCGCGAGGACUUCCCCGAGCGCGACGACGAGAAGUGGAUGAAGCACACUUUGACGUGGCAGAAGGACGUGACGAGCCCUGAGGUUGACAUCAAGUACCGUGGCGUUAUCGCUACGACGCUCGAUGAGGCCGAGUGCAAGCCCGUGCCGCCGUUCAAGCGUGUCUACUAG